AUGGGCGGUCCCUUUGAAAAAAUGGCGAGGGACGUCGCCGUGCGGAUGCGGUCCAAAGUCCACAAGCAGAGUUUCAGCAACGCUGUCAUGCGGGCGCAGGAGCGUAAGUUGACUCCUGCGGGACGUCUGGCCGUUGAGCGGGUGGCGGAGCUCGUGGCGCUGCAAAAACGGCACCAACAAACAUUUGACCCCGCGCUAAGAACGGAGGCGAUGCAAAUUUUGCGCACCCUUCCACUCCUUUCCACCGACGAGGACCCUCUAUUUGUGCAGACGCAACGCGCGCUUCGCGUUGCCGCCUACUUUGACGCCGCGAGUCUUCCCGCCACCUACGCGCUCAUUAACCAGCACACCAAGAACGCCUUUCUUUUGGACGCGGUGGCCAUGUCGUCAUUCUUUUUCACUUUGUCAAGCUUGAGGCACCCGCAGACGGCGGACAUCAUCGCGAUUUUGCUGCCGCGGCUGAAAGAGGUGGCACCGGAGAUAGUUCCACGAGAGGCCGUUUAUAUUCUCCGGGUUAUGCACCGCGCCGGUGUGGGGGACGAAAAACUCACACGAAUUCUUACCGACACUGUUGUCAAGACGGUGGCUGACACUCCACUUGCGGAUGUGCGUCAAUGUGCCCUGAUGCUGGCUGAGACUUAUCCUGAAGAAGCCAAACUUGUUCUUAUCGCGGCUGAAAAACGGCUCUUUAACGAGAUUGAGCUCACUGAGGACGCAGAUGAGGUAAAGGGAAUAAUUCUAGAUGUGUGCCGAGUGGUGUCUUUGACAUGCAGCGGCCCACGUGGGCUUUUUAACAGUAUCGCACGACGCUCAAUGGAUCUGGCACCGCAGCUUACACCACUUGAUAUGGCGUAUAUCUUGAAGGCAUUUCAUAUGGGCUCGUACCGUCAUUUGCGACUAAUGCGAGUAUUGUCCUCGUCACAGGCUUCACAUCUAACAGAGUCAACUGGACCAUUGAGGGACCUCACACCAGUUGCUGUGUCCAUGACCGUGCAGGCACUGGCACACUUCUAUGUUGUGGGUUGCGAGGAGGUUGUAGUGUCGCUAGUGAACGCGGUGAUAAAUUCAUUGGAGGGACUUAAUUUUGCCCUUACGAUGGUCUCUUGUGUCCGACUUCAGUGUGUUUCACCGGGUGUUAAACAAGCCACAGACCUGCUGUGCGGUGCACCGCUACAACGAUACACUCAGCAUCCUCACAGCAUACAAGUAACAAGUCGUCUCAUUUAUGCCCUUUCACAGGCUGGUCGAUGUGUUACUGCGGAAGAAACUUCAAACCUUCAACUCUUGUUGCGGGCCGUGUUGCGGUUCCGUUCCCCUUUUCCAGAUGACACUCGGAGCUUUUUGUUGGAUGCGGUGGCCACUUUGAGUGCGGAUAGUCACUGUGUUGAUGACAAUUUGAGGAAGCUUCUUUCAAAGACUCGGGAGCGGCUGUUGCGAGUUCACAGAGAUGGUUCUGCACUUUCUUAA